UAAUCGUCGAAAUGACCUUGAAAACAUUUUCAAAGAAUCGCGUAGGAGUUUUCUGAUUGGUACAAAAAAAUAUAAAAACUUUCUCGCAGUACAUAUUAUUUUAUCAUAAAUUUUUUUUACCAAGGUGUUGAAAAAUAUUGAACGUUACCAACAUGAAAACGUCACUCGCGGUCGGACUUCUUUUGAUGGCUUUUUUAAUAGUUCGUACAGCCGGUGUUGCUUGCGAAACGUCUUCUGGACAAGGAAUAUUGAGUGGUCAACAGUCCGAUGGGGACAAAAGUGCCCAAGAUUCUGAGGCACACAUGAAGGAAUUGAACAAAGAGGAUGAAGCCGAUGACGAAAGUAAACAAGACGACGAAGAAGAAGAAGAAGAAGAAGAAGAUGAAGCAACUGAAGGACCUCACUUAACGUGUACACUUUUCAACAAUGACUCUGCAUGCAACGCGAUGUGCUCGAUAAUGGGCACAAUUUAUGGUGAACCAGUAAGUCCAGGGACCUGUGUAAAAAAAGACUGCAGUUGCGAUGUACCACCAAACGCCACCCUCGAAGACUUCUGGAAAUUAAAAUUUGACUCUUCGGAUACCCUGCAAAAAAUUCGUAAAAAUAAUAAUCUAUCAAGUAAAAUUUUCGAUGUGCUGAAGAUCCCACACCAAACACCACAACAAACUAAACAAAAUCUUGCAUCACUACUAACUCCCCAACAACUGAAAAAUCUUCGCGUGAAAAAUGAAAAUUCUCAGAACCUAUUCACAAAACACGGCGCACCGAAUCCUGUCGCUGUUCAGAAAUACGUCACUAAGAAGCUGAAAUCUCUCAAAACACCACUUAAAAGCAAAGAUUACAAAAAAUUAUUACUCAAAUCACUAAAUGAUGCGGAUGACGAUACAUUCAACCACUUGUGGCACACAAUCCGUCGAUCAAAAAAUAAACUUUUGAUUCAAGUUCUCGACAAAUAUGUAAGUGACCACGAAAUUGACGAAUCUGAGAUGCAGUCUGAUGAUGAAGGAGAGAUAUCAAUGGUUGGUAUUUUAGAUACCACCUUGAUCAACGAAAUCAUCAAACUAGUACCUCGUAAGAUCCAACCAGGUGCUCGUGGUAAAUCGUCUUCAAAAUCACCCUCAUCCGGCUUCAAAUCAAUCCAAUCAAAAGAAGAAAGUAUUGCCAAAAAGCAGAAUAGCAGUCCCAGCUCAUCUGGAAUAACUUCUAAUGAUAAACGUACCAUAAUCGAUAAAAAUCUUUACACUUUAAAUGGAUUCGAUCAGACACAAGUAGCUCGAUUCAAACAGGGAAUAAAGGGACAGAAAACUUGGGAUAAAUGUUGGCAGGAUUCUGAUGUCUAUGAGGUUUGUACAACUCGAUACCCCAGUGCAGAAUUCUUUACUUGGCGCAAACUGAAACAAAUAACAGAGAUUACCAUGAGAAAAUCUACCAAUGGUGACGUGAGGCAAAUAUGGAAAUUUGACGGCUGUGGUUUCGAAUUAGAACGAAAAGCGGAUGGUAAAAUCAUUCAGCAUUGGGAUUUGCCCAACGGUUCCCAUUGGGAGUACGUUAAAUCUCCUGAUGGCGAAGUUACUCAGCAAUGGGAUGGUGAAGAAGAUUGGAAAUCCGUAGAGUACUAUAAAUCGUUUAUGGAUGCGUGGUGUGCUGAGAAUGCUUUCUUCUAUAAUGUGGGAGGAGAACCCUGUAUCAUGUACUAAAGGUGAUGCAGUAGUAAUUCUAUGAAACCUGAUUUUAUGUAGGUAUUAUAAUUCGUAAAUUAAAUGACCAAUACAGUAUUUUGAAGCA